CUGCUUCUUCCUUCUCCUGGCUCCUCCUCGCACAAUUAUCGCUUCAUAAAAUCCCAAUUCUCCGAAUAGAUUAAUUAUUGUUUUCAUCUCCAAGAAACUAGCCUCGAGUGUGAUUAGAAAAGAUGAGUACACGAAGACGCCCUGCUGCUCCGAGAUCAUCGUCAGGUGGUAUAAACGAAGACGAGAAGAAGAUCCUAGGUUUUAUCCGUAGCAAGCAAGGCAUGGGUGCAACUAUAUACGAGAUUGCAGCAGCGACAAGCAUCCAACAAACCCUCGUAAAAAAAGCCACCACUUCUCUCAAGAAGAGCAAGCUCAUCAAAGAAAACAAAGGGACCAAACACUUGCUUGCUGUGGAGUUCGAGCCUUGUAAGGAGCUACAAGGCGGGGACUGGUACGUCGAUGGAGCUCUUGACGUAGCCAAGAUCGAAGGUCUCAAGGAGAUUUGUGUCGAGAUACUUCAGAGAGCUAAGCAAAAGGUUGUUCCUCUUGAUGUUAUAUGUUUAUGUUUGGAAAAGGAGUUGAGUAGAGAGCAGACUAAGGAGAUACUCGAUAACUUGGUUUUGGAUAAUGUUAUCAUGGAGGUGAAGAGCAAUGUGUCGAGUGAGCAUUCCGCUAUGAGAAUCGGUGAAGUUUGCUAUAAACUGAUCGGUAAAAAAUCUGGUGGAGGUGAAGCUAGAGAUGGAGCUUUUGCUUCUAUGCCUUGUGGGGGUUGUCCACAUAUAGGGCUUUGUACACCUGAUGGGGUUAUCUCUCCUACAACAUGUGUUUAUUAUCAGAAGUGGUUAGACUUUUAGCUUCUUCUUUUUUGUUGGGUUUAAGUCAGACUUAAGAUGUAAUAAUACUUCAAGGUGUUUUGACU